UUCCAUUAUUCAGUAGAGAUUAUAGUGUUUUGAUGCAGAGCAGGAUAGAUGAUGGGUCUUGUGCCUGUGCUUGGAAAGCUGAGGAAUAACUUAAUUGCGGUUAAUAGAAGAUCAAUAGCAGACAACGUUAUUAAAGCCUCAAACAAUCUUAAUUCUGGGCACCAAGAACACAAGCCCUGGUUGCACCCUGACCCUUGCAUUCGAAGCCUCCUGCGGAAAUUCUCAUUACCCACCUGUAAAGAAUUGUGGACUGACUGGACUCCCAACAAACAAUUCACCUAUGGUCAAUUGUGGACUCAGCUGCUGUCUCCUCUUGUAACGUUUGACCCACCCGAAUCAACCCAUCGGAGACUGAUGGAUGAUGAUCCCCAGAUUACAGCUACUGCUGCUUUUGCGGUGGCAGAAUUCAACAAGCAAAAGAAUGCCCAGCUGCGAUUCAUUAGAGCAGUAAAGGGAUUUCGCAGUUGUUUUGAUUACUUUCUAACUAUGGAGGCAGUCGAUGCUCAUGCGGUUAGAACUUACCAAGCACUAGUCAAAGAAAAGCGCAUGCAUCCCUAUGAACCCUUUAAGGUCCAUGAACCCUUUAAGGUCCUACUAUUUGGUCUUGUUGCUGAUAACGGCAAUGGGAAUUUGUUAAAUCUAAUUGAUAACAGAAGGAAUGGACUGUAUGGUGAAUGUCUAUAUGAUGAUCGAGGUUUUACAACCACAGUUGGGGAUUACAAGUUAGAGGCUCCAAUGAAAGCAAAAAGAUGUUCUCUUGAGGGUGAGAUACUAAGCUCCUUGCACAUGUUGCAAGUCCAAAAAGGAUCUGGGUGUUGUCGCCGAAGUUGAGAAAAUGAAGUUUGUGUUUCAAUGCACGAAACUGGACUUAGUUAAUGUAGGUGAAAGGGAGCAUGAAACUGCAAUUUGUAAUCAUUCAAAGACAAGGCCUGGAUUUAUGGGAGGAAAUGCUUCUAGGAAUCUGGUGUUUGAGGACAUUUUCACACUCAUGUGUCUCAAAUACCAUACUAACAUAUCAAGAUUUUUGCCCUUCUAGUGUACUUGCACUAGUACAGAAGCAAGUAGCGCAUU